AGAACUUUCUCAACAACUUUCUCUAUGUACCUAAAGCUUUGAUCAAACCCACCAUAGCUUUGCUAAUGGAGAAAUUGCAGACAAGUGGUGUACACUUGUCCGUGCCUAUCCAUCUACCCAUCCAAGUCUAAUCUGAUUCCAAGAAGAAAACGUGCACUGCACAAACAAAUGUUCACCUAAUGCUCCCCACCGCCGUGUGCUGCUUCAUGCGCUCGUAUGCUUUCUCGCCCACGUUGUCGGACCCCCUUCUGACACUGACACACCUGUCCAGAUCCUCUGUUUCAAGAAUUCGUGUUUUUCAAUCCCUCGUUCCAGCGACAAAGGCGCGGCGGAUUCGUUUUUCUUCCUUUUUCCUCGGCGAAUUAAUGCGGUAGACGACGAAGGGUCGUUUGUCGGGAGCUCCCUUUCUCUUUGCGAUGACGACGGUGCGAAAUUCGGUCGUGUUGGGGAGCGCCAGCGAUGUUUGGCAACUGGGUCGUGGUGGGCGUUUUCGGGUCGCGCCGAAACGGGUCUGGUCGCUUAAAUGGGCGUGCUUCGGUGGCUUUUCUGGGUUGUCGGUCCGGCGGGCGAUCAGGUCCGCCGAGGACGAUGGCUCGUCGAAGUCGGCCACUGAAUUGCGCAGGGUCGUUGACCAGACGGAGACGAGUGUUUCCAAGAGAUUGCACAAGGACUUGGCUUCUUUUCCCAGGCCUUUGACUGUUUCUGAUUUCUCUCCUACUCCAGAGAAUAAGUCGAAAAUGCGGAUAUCGUUCAAGGGGGUACCUGGUUCAUUCAGCGAGGAUGCUGCUCUUAAAGCAUAUCCCAACUGUGAGACUGUUCCUUGUGAUGAGUUUGAAGAUGCUUUUAAGGCUGUCGAACUAUGGUUAGUUAAUAAAGCAGUUCUUCCCAUUGAGAAUUCUUCUGGCGGAAGCCUCCACCGCAACUAUGAUUUACUUCUCAGACACAGACUUCACAUAGUAGGGGAAGUUCAGAUGACUGUCAACCUCUGUCUAUUGGCUCUUCCAGGUGUUAGAGCAGAGCAGUUAAAACGUGUUUUAAGCCAUCCACAGGCGCUUUCUCUAAGCGAUAAUGCUUUGACCGGGUUAGGUGUUACCCGAGAAAGUGUUGAUAGUACAGCUGGCGCUGCUCAGUUUGUAGCAUUGAAUGAACUGAGGGAUGCUGGAGUUGUUGCAAGUGCUCGGGCAGCAGAUAUUUAUGGGCUUAAUAUACUUGCAGAAAGAAUCCAGGAUGACUCUGAUAAUGUCACUCGUUUUCUUGUGCUAGCACGAGAUCCCAUUAUACCAAGGACUGACAAACCUUUUAAGACGAGUAUUGUCUUCACUUUGGAAGAAGGCCCUGGUGUGUUAUUUAAAGCCUUGGCUGUAUUUUCCUUGAGGGGCAUAAAUUUGACAAAGAUUGAAAGCCGGCCACAGAGAAAGCGACCGCUUAGAGUUGUUGAUGACUCCAAUACUGGAAGUGCCAAAUACUUUGACUACCUCUUUUACAUUGACUUUGAGGCUUCUAUGGCUGAUACCCGUGCUCAAAAUGCUCUAGGACAUCUGCAGGAAUUCGCAACCUUUCUGCGUGUACUUGGUUGCUAUCCCAUGGACACGAGUGUUUAGUUGCUUGUUCAUGCCUCUUCAUAUCACUGUUAUCCUCAUAAAUCAUGGAUGAGAAUGCCAACCCUUUAGAAAUCUGAGUCGGCUUGAAGCUCACAUUAUCCACUCGUCAUUCACUGAGGUGGGAUCGGUAUUAUACACCCAAGUGAGAUAACGGCCAUUCUGCCUUGGUUAACUGCCCAACUACAGGAGCAAAAGGAUAGGCAGGGCUAUAGGAUAUUACUUGCUAGAUAGUGGUAUGUUGGGACCUUGGCGAGGCACUUAUGCAUGCUAAGCAGAGGGGAAACAGCGUCGUGUUGAAUGCUUAGCCUGUGUUUUAGAUUGUGAGCUUUUGAGAUAUCUUCUAGAGGAUCAUGCAGGCAUGGUGCACGUGGAUUUGUUAUUUGCGGGGGCGAUCAAUUCUUCAUCAGCUACAAGACAGGUCACAGGUUUUCCUUUUAAUGAACCAAUGAAGUUAAUUCUUUCUUUGUCAUCACUAUCUGCAUUGUUCAUGUGCUCCCUCUUCGUGCUAUGCUGAGGAAGUUUUCUUUUAAAUCUGAAAAGUAUGCUUUGUAAAUACUAAAUUCUCAUCUAGCUAUUCCUUCCUCCUGUGGAAGAUAAUAGUGCAUGUGGGUGGCCAGUUCUUAUUCGGACUC